GAUACAUUUACCAACGUGACCGCCGUGACCGCGUCACAAGUCGUGGGGCGUCUCGUAAACAGCUCCGAGAACAAUUUCUAUUAAUAAUUUUUACUAACUGCUUGACCGGACGCUUCGACUGACCAUUCGUUACAACCACCCGUGCCCAGCGUGUCGUCGCUGCUGUCGGCCGUUUUAACGCAAUGUCUGGAGGUACCAACGUGCUGUCCCUCAAGGAGGAUGACGUGAGGCGAUUCCUAGCCGCCAAGACGCAUUUAGGCACCACGAACCUAGAUUUCCAAAUGAAGGAGUACUGCUUCAAACGACGUUCAGACGGCAUUCAUCUGAUCAACCUGAAGAAGACGUGGGAGAAGCUGCUACUGGCUGCCCGUGCCAUCGUGGCCAUCGAGAACCCGGCCGAGGUGUGCGCCAUCUCGUCGCGCCCAUACGGACAGCGGGCCGUGCUCAAGUUCGCCAGCUUCACCGGCGCUACGCCCAUUGCUGGCCGCUUCACACCCGGCACCUUCACUAACCAGAUCCAGGCCGCGUUCCGAGAGCCGCGGCUGCUAGUCGUGUGCGAUCCACGGGCAGACCACCAGCCGGUCACGGAGGCAUCGUACGUCAAUCUGCCUGUCAUCGCUUUCUGCAACACGGAUGCUAGCCUCCGCUACGUGGACAUCGCCAUCCCAUGCAACAACAAGAGCCAGCACUCCAUCGGACUGCUGUGGUGGAUGCUGACGCGUGAGGUGCUCCGCAUGCGCGGAUCUAUCCUUCGUGACAUCCCCUGGGAGAUCAUGGUUGACCUGUUCUUCUACCGUGAUCCUGAGGAGGCCGAAAAGGAAGAGCAGACACAGCAGGCCUUGCCCGAGCGGGGACUGAAGGAGACGGUCGAGUACCCGACUGAACAGUGGGGUGGUGGCGACAUCACCGGAGCGCAGCCCGAUGUCACGGACUGGUCCGCCGCUGCCGAUGUACCAACCUUCCCGCCGACCGUCACUGCGGCACCGGUGGUCGUGCCACCUCCUCCUGUGGUGGCCGAAGACUGGUCAGCGGCAGCUAUCGAGGACUGGUCCGCCACACCGGCUGCACCGGCUAGCGGGACCGGCACCGAAUGGGGAGCUGGGAAUGACACCAACUGGAACUGAGUUGGGAAAGAGUGAGGAAAGAUGCUAAAGGCCAUGAUCUCAGAGGGAACAAGUUGACAAGACAGGCCAAUGUUUGUCGCACAAGAAAUUGUAAAGCAUUUUUUUUUUGUUGAACAUUGCAUCAUGACAGUCACACACGCAACCUUAAAAAAAAAAAAAGUGCAAUCGGGAGAGCUCAAAGUUUUCAGAACAUACUUUCAGGUCUCUCCUAGCUUGUUCAUCAUGUGUUCAUCUAAGUCACUGUUUAUUUAUUUCUUUUUAUAUAAGGAUCUUCUUAGCCCUGAAAAAAAAAAAAAUGAACGUAUUGUGCAAUGAACUGUUGGUGGUACCAGGUGAACAACGAGGUUCGUGUGCCGGGAACGCUUUCGACCGGUUUCACCCUGAAUGGACGCCGUGAAAGCGAAAGAACGCUUGGAUCCGAACUCUGUUCGUUACGCACUUGCUGCCAAAGACUUGAAAAUCGCUAUCAAACAAAAGGGCGGAUGUGUGAAAAUGUGUCAUUUUUUUCACAUAUCAUUGCAGGGUACAAAGUUUUUAUUCAUGGACAAAUGAACUGUUUUUCAUUGACAUA